AUGACUUAUUUAACUCGCUGCAUCAUUUGCGCUCCAAAAAUAUCGUGCUGCCCACAAAACACUCAUUCAAUACCCGCAGUCUACUACACGUCACCAUCGUUAUCCGAGGUCCGUCUUUCUGGCGUUGAAUUACGAAGGUCGACGGACAAGACCGACUACUUUACAGUUCCCGUCGUUGAGUCAGAGCGGUGGGACAAUGAGGGCUAUCUGCCAAUAGACGUCCCAGUGCUAAAAGAUGAGGACGGUCAAUAUGGGUUUGUUUUCCAUGAUUCCUGCUGGCUUCUUCUCAAAGAGAGAUUCCAAAGAAGAACAUUCUCUUUGGACCGAUUGAUCGAGGUCCUGAACUCCGUCCCGUGGGAACAAUGGGGGAAUUAUAGUUGGUCGGGCGAGCGCUACUACGCGUGGGAGCAUGGAUAUCAUGGCCUGGUCGAGUUUGACCAUAAGAAUUAUUAUCCAUGGGAGAGUGCAGGAUGGCAGCAGGUUGGGGGAUUGCGAACGAUCCAAAUCGACACCAUAGACCCCUGUACCGUGAAUGGUAUCCAGAAAUUACUCGAUAGCCCUUCUGUAUUGCCCCCGGACGUGGGAAAACGAAAGGGAAGAAUGAGGAAUAACUUCACACCAUCCACUACAUCCACCGCAGCCCAACGAGCCUCGGCCAAUGAGCAAAGAACGCCCCGCAACGAUUGUUUCACCCAGCUGCCCUACGAGAUGGUGGAAGAGAUAGCGGCUCAUUUACCAACGUCCAGUGUACUCAGCCUCCGGCUGAUUUCACCAGAAUUUACUCCUCUGUUUCACAGCCAAAGCUUCUGGGCCACCAGGUUUCAAGCCGGCAGGGAACGGGGGUUCCUCUUCGAAAUCUGGCAGGACCCAAAACGCCGCGAUUGGCGUACCCUGUAUUACUUGACAAAUCCCACCAACCUUCCUCAAGCAUUGCAAAAUAGGAAACGGGUCUGGGAUUCGUCGACCCGACUUCGCACUGAAGGGAAUCUGGGCGGAUCCCGCUUAAUGGAAGUAUACGGCGACCUCAUUGAAGUAGAGGAAAGUGAGCCCGCGUCAUAUGAACCUAGCCAGGUGCUUGACCCGCAGGAGACUCUCAUACCGCGCAAGGUUUCGAAAUUUGGUGUCUCGAUUAUCCACGACGGUGACACUAGCUAUAUCGCAGACAUACAAAUUGUUCCCGAGGGAGAUGGACGAACCAUCUAUCUGGGCUACACUGGACCAGAAGUCACGACAUGUAUAGAUGUCAACUGUGUGAAAGGGCUCAUAACGUCCGUCUGCACACGAGGCAUCCAUGCACUUCAGGUGGUCAUGGAUAACCAUUCGCUCUCCCCAUGGCUAGGGAAUCCGGACAGAGGUGCAAUAACACGUCGUCUUGUCUUUGCGAAGCAGAUUGUCGCUUUGACUGCUGCAUUUGAUGGCUUCAAACUUAUUAACCUCUCCGCCUGGGGUACACGAAAAGGCGCCGCCUCGCAGGGAAGAUUGUACGAUUCCUUCCGGAACCAAAUGAUGUGGUUUCCCAAGGUCCCUUCAUCGAACAUGCACGUGAACGAAGCGUCAUUCCUUGGUAAAAUGAACAACAGGAUGGCAUUCCAGCCUAUGUGUUGUGCUUUAUUCGGGGGACCCGGAGGUGAAUACCUUCGAUCCCUGAAGGGCUUAUCUGUCACCUUUCACGGUUGGAGUAGGCCGAGGAUCCUAAAUAUUAAAUUUCGCUACCUCAAUUCCAAAAAGGGCAUUCCGUUCAUUUGUCAAAAUAUUCCUCGCUAUAAUCGCCACGACCAGGAGAAUACUCCGACCGUUGAAUAUCUGAAUAUCGACGGUGCUGGAGGAGAAUGCAUCAAAGACAUAAGAGGUUAA